CGGCCACACGUCCAGGCGCUGGGCGCCGGGCUGCAGAGCGCCGACCUCCUGCCGGGUCUCGGGACGCGGAGCUGCGGACUCCGGGGUACACGGCCCCGCCCCGCUAUUUUUCUCGCCGAGUUUCCAGAGCUGCGGACCGUUCGCGCGUCGCUCCCCCGCUGCUCCCGCCUAGUAACUGGCGAGUCCUGCGCCGCGAGCAGAGUGGGAGCGAGGCCCUGCGUGUUCCCGGAGAGAAAAUCCUGAACGACGGAGGUUUCUUGCAUUCCUUUGUGAAUCUAACACCUCCUAGGAAGCUCUUGCGGCGGAGGGCUAGGGAACUUCAAGAUGGUUCAUGCUAAGAGCUGGACUCUGAAGAAGCACUUUGAAGGCAGCCCUACUCAUAGUAACUUUGAGUUAAAGACGGUUGAACUCCCGUCCUUAAAAAAUGGAGAGGUCCUGCUGGAAGCUUUGUUCCUUACCGUGGAUCCUUACAUGAGAGUGGCAGCCAAAAGAUUGAAGGAGGGAGAUAUGAUGAUGGGGCAGCAAGUGGCCAGAGUUGUGGAAAGUAAAAACUCAGCCUUCCCAGCAGGAACUGUGGUAGUGGCUUCUUCAGGCUGGACAUCGCACUCUAUUUCUGAUGGGAAAGAUCUGGAAAAGCUGCCUACAGAGUGGCCAGACACGGUACCAGUGUCUUUGGCUUUGGGAACAAUUGGCAUGACAGGACUAACAGCCUACUUUGGCCUCCUUGACAUCUGUGGUGUGAAGGGUGGAGAAACAGUGAUGGUUAAUGCAGCAGCAGGGGCAGUGGGCUCUGUGGUGGGGCAGAUUGCUAAGCUCAAGGGCUGCAAAGUUGUUGGAGCAGCAGGGUCUGACGAAAAGGUUGCCUACCUUAAAAAGCUCGGAUAUGAUGUUGCCUUUAACUACAAAACCAUAAAGUCUUUGGAAGAAACUUUGAGAAAAGCCUCUCCUGAUGGUUAUGAUUGUUACUUUGAUAAUGUAGGUGGAGAGUUUUCAAACAUUGUUAUUCCCCAGAUGAAGAAAUUUGGAAGAAUUGCUAUUUGUGGGGCCAUCUCGACAUAUAAUAGUACUCGCCCACUUCCCCCAGGCCCACCCCCGGAGAAUAUUAUCUAUCAGCAGCUCCGCAUGGAAGGGUUCAUUGUUAAUCGCUGGCAAGGAGACGUCCGCCAGAAGGCUCUGAAAGACUUGCUGACAUGGGUCAUAGAGGGUAAAAUCCAGUACCACGAAUACAUCAUUGAAGGAUUUGAAAACAUGCCAGCUGCAUUUAUGGGAAUGCUGAAAGGAGAUAAUUUGGGAAAAACAAUAGUGAAAGCAUGAAAAAAAUGACACAUGGAAUCUAGAAAUCAUUUGGAUGAUGACUUAAUUUCUUUUUAACCAUUUAAUAAAAAAUAUAUACUACCUUCA